AUGCUUAUUGUUAUUUCAAAAUUCUUCUAUAGUGAAAUCUAAGUGCUCAUUUGGCUACUUCAUAUGAUUUUACUUUCAGUUUAGUACUAUAAAUGUAUGCCUUAUAACUUAACUAAAAAAAUAUUGUGUUGCAAUUGCAAUACAUGUUUUAGCAUAUAUUUUGAAAUUAAACGAUCCUAAAUGAAGAAAUAUGCUCUAUAUAAUAAGGCUAUAUAAACUAAGUAUGGAUCUACUUUUGAUAAAAUUAUCAUUCUUGAAUUGUCAAAAUAUCAUAAUACUAUUCUUCUAAUAAAAAAAAUUAUCUUUAUAUUUAUUAUUAAUUUUCACAAAAGGAGUUUACAAUUUUUCUAAUGGUCAGCAUUACACAUCUUUCAUUUUCUAUGUUUUUUUUCAUCCUUUAGAAGAUAAAUUGGAGUAUUUUUUAGAGAAGUUAAGUUUUAGUACUUUCUUAACUUAAUUAAUUAAAUUCAAUUGAAGUUAAAAUAGCAUCUCUUUAUAUUAUUGAGUUUUUAAAUUCUUAUUUGUGAUUUUGAUCAUUUCGAUAAGAUUAAAUAAUAUUUUGGAUGGUGUUGGGACAUAUGUAUUAUUAUGUAUUAAAUUAGGGAUUGAUGGUUUUAAUAAUGGAAGUUUUUUUUUUUCAAGUUUAAGAAAAUUAAAAGACUUGCUUUAUCAAUAAUUGGAGUAUUUUGAAAAAAAAACAAGUUCCUGA